UUCAACGUCUCUGCUUUGUUGUCCAGAGCAUUUUGCUUUCCCUGUUGUUUGGGGUCUAUGCUUGUGUUUUCUAAAACGACUCCAAAGCCAUCCCUGCCCCAAGGACCAUGGAGCUGGGAGCAGCCUCCCGAAGAGCUGGCCAGGAAGUGAGUGCUGUGUGGAGACCUAACGUGCUGCUUAAGAAGCUGAGCCUGUGAAUGGUCUGGAGACGGAGAAGAAGCCUUUUAUGGUUGACGGCAAACCUCAAGCGUCUUCCCACCACAUCUCCCUCCUCUAGCCCUGCACCUCCUCACACACAGACCCAGCUCUCCUGGAAUAACAAGUCCAGCAGCAAGGCUGACUGCAGCAGGCACUCCCAUUCUGUGAGGCUUCAGGAGCCAGCUCUGCAGCUGCAGCAAAAUGAACCUGAAAACUGUCCUCAUCCUCUUGGUCCUGGCGCUAGCCACAAUUUUCGCUUUGGUUUGUGUGUUGCUGACGAGAGAAGUGAAACCAGCCAGCUGUGAGCCGCAGACCCUGAGCAGCCAGGGGGGAAAGCACAGUGAUCAGAGCCUGGUCUUCGCUGAUCUGACGCCGGAAGAAAUGAAGCAAGUGGUGACGUAUCUUCAGGAAAACCUUGGGGUGCCAUUGGUAGAUGCCUCUCAAGCAAACCCUUCUGAUAACUGCAUUUAUUACAUCGAUGUGCAGCUCCCCACCAAGGCAGAGGUGCUGGGGUUCUUGGAUCGUGGGGGCAGGCGACCCCCCCGGCAGGCGCUGGCUGUGGUGUAUUUCGGAAACCAACCAGAUCCGAAUGUCACGGAGUACGUGGUGGGUCCCCUGCCCAAGCCGACGACUCACAGGGAUGUCACAGUGCGGAAGUACGGAGGGAAGCUGCCGUAUCACCGCAGACCGGUGACUGAGAAGGAAUACAAGGAUAUUGACCGCUUUGUCUACCAGGAGUUCGCCAAAGCACCAGGCUUGCUCAGAGAGUGCUGUGAUUAUGAUGAGACCAAUUUUGCUACCCUCACCACAGUUCCUCGGGGGUUCCAGUCAGGAGAUCGUGCCACCUGGUUUGUUCUGUUCCAGAACGUGAAUGGCAGCGGCUACUUCCUGCACCCAGUGGGGCUGGAGGUGCUGGUUAAUCACAGCAGCCUGGACGCCUCCCAAUGGAGGAUAAGCCAAGUGUUCUAUAAUGGCGAGUACUAUGGAGACAUGGAGCAGCUGGAGACAGAGUUCAUACAAGGCCGCGUGAAAGAUGUAAAAGUUAAGAAAGUCCGACCUGACGAGGAAUUUGGCUCCAUGAGGCCCAGAGCAGCCCCCAUGGCACCAGGCCCUUUGCAAUAUGAGCCCCGUGGGCCCCGCUACAGCAUCCAAAACAAUCACGUCAUCUUCCAGUCCUGGAGUUUCGCCUUUGGGAUGGAUGUGAACACAGGACCACGUCUCUUUGACAUCAAGUUCAAUGGAGAGAGGAUUGUCUAUGAGCUGAGUCUCCAAGAAGCCCUUGCUGUCUACGGCUCUAAUUGUCCCGGAGGGAUGGUGACUAGAUAUAUGGAUGGGAGCUUUGGCAUCGGCAAGUUUGCUUUUGAGCUGGUGAGAGGUGUUGAUUGCCCCUACACAGCCACCUAUGUGGAUAGACACUAUCUAGUUGAAUCAGAGACCCCUAAAGUUAACAAAAACUCCUUAUGUAUUUUCGAGCAGGACACUUCAGUCCCGCUGAGGCGCCAUUACUCCAACUUGCAGUCCCUGUACUAUGGCGGUCUGACUAAAUAUGCCCUUGUUCUUAGGGCCAUUUCAACUCUCAUAAACUAUGACUACGUCUGGGACUUCAUAUUCUACCAGAACGGAGCUAUUGAAGUAAAAAUCCAUGCCACUGGCUAUAUUAGCUCAUCCUUUCUCUAUGGCACAGGCACUGAACAUGGCAGUCAGGUUGGGGAAUACACACUAGGGACAAUGCACAACCAUCUCAUCAAUUAUAAAGUGGACUUGGAUGUUGGAGGAACAAAGAAUUCUCUGGUGGCUCAUGACAUGACAUUCGACACCGUGCAGGCUCCUUGGAGUCCAGAGCACCAGAUACAGAGGCCACGGCUCACCAAGAAAGUCCUGGACACUGAGGACAAGGCCGUGUUCCCACUUCACUCCAAGAUCCCCAGAUACAUCCACUUCACCACCAACCUUGAAAAUAAGUGGGGCCACCAGCGUGGCUACAGGAUCCAGAUAGUCAGCUUUGCUGGGGACCAUCUGCCAGAAGCCAGUUCCAUGGAGCGGUCCAUCAGCUGGGGGAGGUACAAACUGGCCGUCACCAAACGGAAAGAGGAGGAGCCGACCAGCACCAGCAUCUACAACCAGAAUGACCCCUGGACGCCCACCGUGGCCUUCGCUGACUUCAUAGACAAUGAGACCAUCGUAAAUGAGGACCUGGUUGCCUGGAUUUCUGUUGGCUUCCUGCACAUCCCGCAUACUGAGGAUAUUCCUAACACGGUGACUGUGGGGAACGGAGUCGGCUUUUUCCUGAGACCCUACAACUAUUUCGAUGAAGACCCCUCUGUUCGCUCACCUGACGGCAUCUAUUUCAGAAGUGACCAGGACCCCAGCAUGUGUGACGUGAACCAUGUUGCCUGCCUGUCAAAGACGGCCUCGUGCUCACCAGCCUUCCCCCCAUUCACCUACAACGGCUUCCAGAACCAGACAGGUCCCUGAGCCACUGACUGCAGGGCCUUAUGCCAUGGAUUGGGAACUGUGGGUGCUUUAUAAAUAGACUGAAGGUUAGUCCUGCUUUCCUGGCCUACGUCAAGGGCUCUGCAUCUGCCGCCCGAAGGCUGCUUCACAGCCUCCUGCAGCCAUCGCUCCUUGGCCCACGAGCCCUGCGCAGCGGCCUAUAAACACUGUAGCGCUGCGAGAGGAUGGAGCCAGCAGCUGAGGAACCGGCAUCACUGGAGAUGCUCAAAGCUGGGACAAGGCAGCGCUCACCCACCAAUGGUAGUUUAGUACUGAUGAAAUCAAUCUCACCCCGAUGCACGUCCAUCCCACAUCAAAGGAGUCUACAGACGGGGACACGUCUCCUCUUUCUCCAGUGCUACACACAGCGGUGCUGCAAGCUUCCUCACGUAGGGACCUGCAAGUCCCAGCUUGCAGAAGUUAAGGUGCAUCAAACAUGGCCACACAUAUGCCCCCUUCCUUCCUGUUGCUGUGCUUACCUGGAGAGUGGUCCCCAUCCUGUGGCCUCUCCUGACUCCCUUCUGCAUGUUAGGGGAAGCCCCAUCUCCCCCCCAGCAGCCCAGAGGCUGUGGAGUUCAGGUCUGGGCUGCGUCCCAGCCAUGGUGCCCAGCAUGCAGAGAAGAGCCUGGGGCAGCUGGAACUUCACGUUCAAUCCUCAGAUGGUAAAACAAAGCAUGAAAGCCCCUGCUCCUUCCCCAGAGCCCUGGGCUGAUUCCUACUCUGUGUCCUUUCCUGCCUCGGGGGCAUGGGCCAGACUUGCAAUACCAUUGAGCCAAGACCAGUUUCCUUAGGCGCAAGGACAGAGGAGCUCCCAGCAGCUGGGAGCACAGAGCUAACCCAGGCGAAACUUCUCCAGAUCCUGCUCUGCCCUCACCCCCUAGAGUGCACCCCCUCCACCCAUGGCCUAGUGUAUGCUGGGCCUGUGUGAACUGAGUGGAAGGGUCUCAGCCCAGUUCCUACUGGAGAGGCGUCCACACCAGUAAAACCACGCGCACCAGUGGCAGUCUCUGCAGAGAGGCGACAGGUUGAACCGGCCAUGGGGCCUGUCUUGCUCCAGGUCAAGGAUGAGGCCAGUUGGUGGAGCGAGGAGCGGACGGGGAGAAGAAACUUGUGCUGCCGCUGCCCCUCCAGGAUCUCUCAUGCCUGGAGAAUCCGCUCAGGACAGAGGAAACAAAACUGGGACUGGGAAUGCAGCUCCUGUGAAACAUCCAGCAGAAUGGGCCCUGCCCCGGUUCAGAAGGACGGGGGGUACUGGCCCCAGAACACGUCCGUCGGAUCUCAGAGCACCUGGCAAAGGAAGGUCUAUCGUCACUCCCACUUCACAGAGGGUGACACUGGAGCAUCGCUCGGGGACGUGACUCACCCAAAGCUCCCCUGCUCCUGGAACCUGUGAAAGGCCGAGUUUGAACCCCCCGGAGAACAGUCGUAGUGACGAGGAGCAGGGGAUUUUCUCCCUGUGAUGAUUUCUCAUUGGGUGCCGGGAGGUUUGGGGUCAGUGGCCCAGGGGCAGCGUUUGCCUGCGAUGAGUGCUCCAACGUUUGUCAGCCAGCUUGUCUCAUUAAAGACGAUGAGGCCCAUAACAUGCUGCAAUACAGCUUCUGACUCCUGGGCAGGGCACACAACAUAACCAGCCACAAUGGAGAGAGAGGGGCUAGACCAGGGGUUGGCAACCUUUCAGAAGUGCUGUGCCGAG